UCAAAAUCACGUCUUCUGGGCCCAAACUGCCCUGGCAUUAUCAAACCAGGCGUUUGCAAGAUCGGUAUCAUGCCUGGGCAUAGUCACUCUCCUGGCAGCAUUGGAAUCGUCUCUCGUUCCGGAACUCUCACCUAUGAAGCCGUUCAUCAGACCACGCAGGCCGGUCUUGGACAAUCCCUGUGCAUUGGUAUCGGUGGCGACCCCUUCAACGGAACAGACUUUGUCGACUGUUUAGAGGUUUUCCUUAAGGAUCCUAAUACGAAUGGGAUAAUCUUGAUUGGUGAAAUCGGUGGUCAGGCGGAGGAACAAGCCGCUGCCUACUUGAAGGAGCAUAAUUCGGGCCCCAACAGCAAGCCUGUUGUCGCUUUCAUCGCUGGCAUAACUGCACCACCUGGCAGGCGCAUGGGUCACGCUGGCGCUAUCAUCGCCGGUGGAAAGGGGGAUGCCAAGUCGAAGAUUGAAGCUCUCCAGAAUGCCGGUGUUAUCGUUUCGAUGUCACCUGCCAAGCUUGGUCAAAGCAUUCUUAAGGUGACCACUUGA